CUCACAUUUUCAAGAUGGCUGCUUCCAUCACAGGAUUAUUAAAACCUUGGACACCAAGAGUGUUUCUGGUGAGAUGGAGCAGAUACAACCCUUACUAUCUGGAGCCAGAGGUCAGGAAGGAGGCCUACAGCAAACCAGAGACAGAGCUGAGUGCUGAGGAGAAGGAGCAGCAGGAGCUCAAAGUGGUCAGACCCAUCAAAGCAGCAACAAAUUCAGUCUCCAGCUCAGUUUUCGACGACCCAGUCAUCAGUAAAUUCAUCAACAUGAUGAUGAAACAUGGAAACAAGGUUUUGGCUCGAGAGAUCUUCAUGGAGACCAUGGAGAACAUAAAGAGGAAACAGGUGGAGAAAUACCACAAAGCUCCAGAUGGGAAGAAAGAAGAGAUUGAGUGUAACCCCUACGCCAUUUUUCACCAGGCUAUGGAGAACUGUAAGCCUGUUGUUGGGCUGGCCACCAUACAGAAAGGAGGAAAGAACUACCAGGUGCCCAUCCCUCUUACGGACAACCGACGGCGCUUCCUCGCCAUGAAAUGGAUGAUCACAGAAUGCAGGGUCAACAAACACAGACGCACGCAUUUGUAUGAAAAACUUUCCCAGGAACUGUUGGCAGCCUGUGUGAAGGAGGGUAACGUUGUCAAGAAGAAGUUUGAGCUGCACAAAAUGGCCGAAUCCAACAGAGCUUAUGCUCACUACCGUUGGUGGUAGAAAGAAACUCUUGGGACUGAAACGCUGCCGUUUCAAAUGUUUCUUCAGAUUGACAGACAUUGCAUUGGCCACAAAGUGUCAUGGAAGAUUCAGUGACAUGUUUUGUUGCUCAAAGCGCUGUUGGAAGUUGUGAACACCGUAAAAAUCCUUUGGUGGAAGGACUGUACUGUAAAUAUAUUGGGUAACAAGGAUUACUUUUCGUAUUGAGAAACUGCAUUCUGUACAAUAAUAGUGCUCAGUUGUAUUGUUAAUUCACACCCAAUAAACACACAUAAAAGUGGUUUAAUGAAAAACGUCCAAGAUUUAUUAGAACAAAUAAGUUUGCAAUAAAUGUACAACCCAACCGUGAAAAAUGGAAUUGAGUAAAAUGUAAAAAAGUUGCAACGGUGUAAUAAAAUAU